AGGGAUCUUCAAGUGAAGCUUGUUAAGCUGCAGAAGAUAUCACAAAGCUGAGCAAAGUGGUACACUGCCAUCAAUAUACAAACAAAAUGAAGAUUAGUUUUUAAAGUUUCCAAAAUGUAGCAUGAGAUUCCAGGCUGUCUGCUAGAAAAUGGAAAAUAAACAAGGGACAGAUGAAAGGAGCAAGGGUGAAGAGCCAGAAUACAGACUACCUGGAAUAACAGAGUAAAGCCAGUAGCCUAAAAACCCAAUGAGAAGACAAACUGAAGACAAAGAAAACAUCUAGAAGAGACACCAAAGAUGUUGACCAGAAAGAUUAAGCUUUGGGACAUAAAUGCCCAUAUCACAUGCCGCCUGUGCAAUGGAUACCUAAUUGAUGCUACCACUGUAACGGAGUGUUUGCAUACCUUCUGUAGAAGUUGCCUGGUAAAGUAUUUGGAAGAAAAUAACACUUGCCCUACGUGUAGAAUUGUUAUUCAUCAGAGUCAUCCACUGCAAUACAUUGGUCAUGACAGGACAAUGCAAGAUAUUGUUUACAAAUUGGUACCAGGCCUCCAAGAAGCGGAAAUGAGGAAACAGAGGGAAUUCUAUCACAAAUUAGGCAUGGAAGUGCCUGGAGACAUCAAAGGGGAGACUUGCUCUGCAAAGCAGCACUUAGACUCACAUCGGAAUGGUGAAACAAAAGCCGAUGACAGUUCCAACAAAGAAACAUCAGAAGAAAAACAAGAAGAGGAUAAUGACUAUCACAGAAGUGAUGAACAGGUAAGCAUCUGCCUGGAAUGCAAUAGCAGCAAAUUACGUGGAUUGAAACGAAAAUGGAUCCGCUGCUCAGCACAGGCAACAGUCUUGCAUCUAAAGAAGUUCAUUGCCAAAAAACUUAAUCUUUCAUCUUUCAAUGAGCUGGAUAUAUUAUGCAAUGAAGAAAUUCUUGGCAAGGACCACACACUCAAGUUUGUAGUUGUUACUAGAUGGAGAUUUAAGAAAGCACCUCUACUGCUACAUUACAGACCCAAAAUGGACCUGCUGUAAGAGAACUUUAGUGUCCUUUGGGACAGAGUUUUUUGCAGAGACUAUCACCAGGCACCUUCUCAGUGCAUCACUUAACUCACAUCACAUGACCCAGUAGAAUUGUUCUGGAGGACCAGUGAUCUCACAGCACACCAUACUUCAGAAUCUUUCUUCUGGGUGACGUGGGAACCAGAUUUCUGAAAGAGAAUAUUUAUACCUUUUUGUACGAAAAAAGAAUUCACAACUCAAUAAGACACUACCAGCACUAAGUUUACAGAUAAUGAAAACACUUCACAGUUUUAUGUAGCUGAAUAGCAUUCGUCUCUUUGCUGCGAUUUCACAAGACAGAUUAAUAAAUGUAAUAGUGAUAUA